AUGAGAUUGUUACCUAAAGAUAAUUAUGAGGCUGCUUCAGCUCCUAGUACUGCACUUGACCAUUUGAGCAGCAGUAAUGCACUGUCAGCAGGAGCAUGGGCUGAUAGUCUUACUAACAUAAGUAUAGGUGAUCUACUUUGUGAAGCGCCUGAUGACAUAGAUAGUGACUAUGUGGAUCCACCAGCCACUGAGGGUUCACAUUGCCCCCUUCGAGAUGUAUCAUUUGCCUCAGAAUUUUUUGAUGCUGCAAUUGCUGCUCAUAUACUAAGACACCAGAACAAGCCAAGUGGUCUAAUACCGGUGACUUCUGGCUCUUCAUCUCUAUGGGAUGAUGAAGAUACACGUGAUGCCUUCUCCUUCCAUAAGAAUCGUCAUGCAAGCUCUUCCAAGUUGGCUAAUGUUAGUACUGGCAGAAAAAAUGGAGAGUCUUCUCAGUUAGUGGAGGCUACAUCCGGUGAUGAGGGGCCUUGCAACCUUCUUGAUCAGCAGGGAGAUCCAAUGGAAGAGAUUCCAAGAUACCCUUGUACGAUUGAUUCUCCAGGGAAGACCAUCUAUGGGCUUGCGGAUGUUUAUUGGGUAAGUGAAGUCUCAAAAUCUCAUAUUCGUUUCCUCUAA